GGUUGCCGUCAAGAUCUUCUGAGGCUCAAAUAUACGUAGGAAAAAAUCGUAAUUUUGUGUAGAAAUUAUUAAGCGAACCAAAAAUGAAGAUAGAAAAUCUAAAAUCACAAGAACGUAAAAUAAUGAAAAAUUGAACAACCCUUAUUUUGAAACCAAGUUGAAGAACCAGUUGAUCAUCUUCUGCGCUGAUCAUCAUCAUCACCGAACGGAUUUCACCAACAUCAAACCACAAUUUGGCAAAUCAUAUGCACCCGCCAAUGAAUUCUUUCAUAACGAAAUUUCUUGACGAAGACGAGGACGAAACAAUGCAUUCAGCGGCUGACGUGGAGGCAAUUACCGCUGCCCUAAACAGAGAUAUUGAAGGCCUUGGAGGGGAAGCGGCUAAUGCGAUGAAUCAGCGGGCUGGCACGCAGGUGCCAUUUGGUCUUUUGCUCCCUGAGAUACAAUCACAACUUAAUAAAGACAGGGCUAUGCAACUCCAGGAUCUGUAUAAUCGAUUGAAGAGUAAUAGGAUUGACAAAAACGAAUUUGUUCGGCUCAUGCGGACUAUUGUAGGGGAACAUAUGAUUAAGAUGGCACUCUACAAGUUACAACAACGUGGGCAGCUUUCUGCUAAACUAAAUGCCCCAAAUUCAUCUGCGUAUGUUGCCACAUCAUCUAUCCAUCGUUCAUCGGAUCCAAACACUCCACCUAUGGAAAACAAAUCUCAGCAAACACGAUUGUUGGAACACCGAUCAGAUUCACAUGGAGUACAACAUAUGGGCUUUCCGCAAUCAUCUUUUUCUGCGUAUGGACAUCCUAGUGGUAAUUAUCACACGGGUGCUAGUCCAAAUACGAAUAUGUCCUCACUGUCUUUACAAAUGAGCCACGGUCCGGUUCAUCCAAUCAGAAUGCAGGGGGGUGGUCCCACUCAUUUCACAAGUAAUUUACCACAUGUAAACUUGUCAUCUGCGGCUGGAAGUAAUGCAAAGACUCCCCCGAAAAAGUCAACUGUUGCCCAUAAAAAACCAUUGGAAGUACCACAUGUUUCUUCACUAAGUAAGAAGCAAAAAGUGUGUGGUGCAUUUUCGGAUCAAAGUAUUGAGCAAUUUAACGAUGUGACUGCUGUCAGUGGGGUGAAUUUACGGGAAGAGGAGGAACAACUAUUUUUCGGAUUCAAGGAAGAGAGUCACGUUUCAGAAGCUACUAGAAAGCUUGUUCAAGAAGAAGAAGAAAGACUGUUUUUACAUAAAGUUCCACUCCAGAAGAAAGUGGCGGAAAUCAUGGCAAAGUGUGGUGUCAAGAACAAAAGCAAUGAUGUGGAGCGGUGCAUGUCACACUGUGUAGAGGAAAGAAUUCAUGGAUUGAUUACCAACCUCAUUAGACUUUCGAAACAGAGGGUCGAUAUGGAGAAGCCAAGACACCGAACUGUAAUCACAUCAGACAUUCGACAACAAAUCAUGUUAUUAAAUCAAAAGGCUCGGGAAGAAUGGGAGGAAACACACGCUGAUGCUGAUAAACUCAAAAGAGCUGCUGAGGUAAACAAAGAGCAGACCACAGCUGCAAAUGUUGCUGCACGGGCGGCUGUAGGAGGAGAUGACAUGCUGUUAAAAUGGCAACUAAAGGCUGAGCGGGCCCGUCAGAAACAAGAAAGUGGGUCUAAUGCAGCGGCUGCUUCUCACCCAAGUUUAGGUGUUGGGCUUGGGCUUGGGCUUGGGCCUAAGCUCGUGCCAACUUCUGAGAGAAACUCUACUAAAGAUAAUCCAGAUACAGAGCGGAGUUCGGGUCCUGUCACUGCUAAUUGUGGUCCAUUACCUCGUACUGUUUCGGUGAAGGAUGUAAUGUCUGUUCUAACAAGGGAGAUUCAGAUGUCAAGAUCCACACUAAUACAUCACCUCUAUGAACAAGUCUAAAUUCUUGGUUUAGUUCACCAUCAGAUGCAUUCGUCCACGGAAGUUGAUUUGUUGAGAGGAUUUUUUGUUAAGAAAAGAAGUAACUGAAGAUGAUAGGGUUAGAGAAGUAGAUAGAAAUGAAAGUAACGUUUUACAUGAAUGUUGUUUUCACUUCUUGUUUUUGGUUGCAAUUCAGAUAUCUGUUGCUAUAGUAUAAUGUGUUUUGAACCUGUUUUAUGUUUUGAUGGUAAGGUGGGUUGCAGGUGAAAUCCUUAAAAAAUGCUACUGAACUCUGAGUCCCAUGUUUGAACCAUAAAACUGUAAAGGAAUUGAAAUAGUUAUUGCAUUUUAUAAUAAAGUUGUAUUUCUAUUA